AUGAAGGUGCUAUGUGCCUUAAUUGUUGCACUAAGUUGCAUAAAUGCAUCUUUGGGAGAUGGAUUAAAAUGUACAUUAAGACCAGGGGAAUUUCCUUUUGAAUGGCGUGACAUGGUUGAUCCAUGCACCAAGAUGCUUGAAGCUCAAGUAAAAACAGAAAUUGAGGCUUCCAUGACUUACUUAGCGAUGGGUGCCCAUUUCUCUCAAGAUUCAGUCAAUCGUCCUGGCUUCGCUAAAUUCUUUUUCGACAGCGCAAGCGAAGAACGUGAACACGCUAUCAAAAUAAUCGAGUACUUGUUGAUGCGUGGACAGCUUACCAGUGACGUCAGUAAAUUACUCAAGUUCCCGUUGAAACCAAUUGCCGGGGAAUGGAGCAGUGGAGUAAAGGCUCUUACUGAAGCACUCAGCCUGGAAACACGUGUCACUCGCAGCAUCAGAAAAAUAAUUGAAAAAUGCGAAGCACCAGCUGAUGUCAACUUUAACGAUUAUCAUGGAUUCAAAGUUGGUGCGCAAUUUACCUUUGCUUUGGCUGCGGCUUUCUUAGCCCAGACUGUUUCACUCCACUUUUUUUCAAGCUCCGCAGCAUCCCAAGCCUUGCGUACAACUCUCGUAGAUCCAGUGAAUGGGAACUUGAGUUGA